AGUUUAGGAACUACGUUUUCCCGUAGAAUCCUUAUUUUUUCAAGAAAAAAUAAACUGGAAAAUAAGAAUUCCAUAGGAAAACGUGGUUUCCAAACUAUUCUAAAAAAUGGGCUAAAAAAAAUCGACCGUCUUCCUCCCAACCCAAGUGGAUGUGCAGGACCGCGAACACGAGGAGGCAGGGGAGCAGCAUCCACAACCACAAGCCAUGGCGGGGAGGACUAACAUCCCCACUAACAACUCCGCCCUCAUCGCAAUCAUCGCCGACGAGGACACCGUCACUGGCUUCUUGAUGGCCGGCGUUGGCAAUGUUGAUCUGCGCAAGAAAACCAAUUACCUCCUCGUCGACAACAAGACGACAGUUAAACAAAUCGAGGACGCGUUCAAAGAAUUUACUGCAAGGGAGGAUAUUGCUAUUGUGCUCAUCAGUCAGUAUAUUGCCAACAUGAUAAGAUUUCUGGUGGAUAGCUACAACAAGCCAGUCCCUGCUAUUCUGGAGAUCCCAUCCAAGGACCAUCCAUAUGAUCCAGCGCACGACUCGGUGCUGUCUCGAGUGAAGUAUCUCUUCUCUGCGGAAUCGGUGGCGUCUGAUAGGCGAUGAAGGCAUCCUUGUGUAGUAGUACCCUUUGGUGUAUCUGUUUUGUUAUGUAUUGAAAAGAAGUGGCAUGCGUCCGAGCGAGACAGCAAACAAUAAUAAUGGUUGUGGAACCAAACCAACACCUUUUUUUCUUUCAUAAAAGGUUGGAAUGCUAUUUUGUUGCUUUGUACUGUAUUUGGUUGGUUAAUAGAGAGUAAUAAAAUGCGAUUGUCAUGUUGCACAGUACUGUUUAA